GACAGGCUGCUGCACAGACAGACUGCCGACAGGCGGAUGAUAGACAGACCUGUUAGGAUCUGCCCAACUGCCGAUCAGGCGGAAAAGACAAACCAGACUGCUGCGCCCAUGUAAGAAUAGGUGGGAGAGAGUCGGGGAGAAUGGUGAAGAGAGGAUCUGCCGGGCGGUCAGUCCCGGAUAAAGGAUUAAGUCAAUGCAACGUAAGGUCUGUGGAUUUUGUGGAGAGUCCACGUAGGACAUGUAGUAUGCGUCAGUCCAUCCUGUCUGACGUCCUGUCCGCCAUGGCCUGUCUCAUGGAACGGACAAAGACUCAACAGCCGUCCUGUCUCACAGAUCAGUGGAUCGUCGGUCUAUGAACCCUAGACCCUAAACCCUGGACCGACUUGCACUUCUGACACGCCCGACGAUUGCGCGCUUCGAGAAAGUCGGUUCGUUCUCGCCGGGAAGCGCACCAGAUGAGCAGAAAAGGCACUGUGGAUGAGCAGAAGGACCGAUUGCUCAAAGUCUGCAAGCUAAGCUAGCGUCGUUUGGUCUGCGAUGAUUCCUCCCAAUCCGGAUGUCGGGCGGAUGCCCCUGCCGGGCAGCGGGGUGUUCAGGACACUCGUGGCCGCGGGAACCGGUGAGGUGCAAACAGCCGUGCUUUUGCUUUUGUUUGCUUGCCCUCUCGCCUCGAUCACUCAUUCUCUCUCCAUGUCUGUGUGUGUGUGUGCCUGUGUUGUGUGUCGAUCAGCGGUGGGCGUGGGUCUGUAUGCAAUGCGGCGUGUGUACAAGUCGGUGCAGCAGUUCCUGCGGCGGGUGCGUGCGCCGGUCUUGUCAACGAGGGUGGACCCUGAGGUGGACGCCGAGGACGCACUCAGACAGGUCGGUGCCGUGGCAACCACAACACAGAGGGAGGGGCAGACAAACAGACAGACACACACGCACAGAGAGAGAGAGAGAGAGAGCAAUUCGGCCGCUGGUGAGAGUGUGAGUGUGACUGUGUUUGUGUGGAUGUGCGCGUGUGUGUGUGGUGUGUGUGCAGAAGGAGGCGUCAUUCCGAACCCUGGUUGUGCAGGAGGUUGCGUAUGACAUUGUCUUGUGGAUGAAGGAGGGCUGCCGAUACGCCGGCGAGGCCAACAUCUCCUUCACACACCGAUGCCCCACACAAGGUAGGGCAGGGCAGGGCAGUGAAAUGAAUGAGUGGAUAUCCAUCAUGAUGGAUGACUUGCGUGUCUUCCUGCCUGGUGCCUAGGCAUAUUUCUGGAUUUCUCGGGCGGUGCGAUCACGUGCCUUUGUGUCAAUGGGCGGCUGAUCGGCAGCGAUGGCGUGGCCAUACCCUCUGGUCAGCCAGCGAGUGAAUGCGGAGAGAACCCCCGGACACACACACACACACACACACACACACGUGCGCGCGCGUCUGCGUCUGUGUGUGUGUGUGUGAUAGGCAUUGGCGACGUUAAGCUGGUGGAGAGUGGCCACGCCGUGUGGGCGGCCCAUCGGCUGCAGAUAUCGGGCUCCCUGCUCAAGGAACACAACGAGGUGAUAGACCGCACCCACCCUCUUGAUCAGCCAACGGAUGGAUGGAUGGAUGGCUGACACAGGCGGAUGUGUAUAUGUGUGUGUGUGUGUGUGUCUGUGUGUCAAAUCUAUCUGACCGAUAUAUCAGGUGGUGGUGGUGUUUGCGAGUGACUAUGAUCGCACCGGCGCCGGGCUGCACCAGAUCAUCGAAGAAAGCGAGCAGGUGCGUCUCACCGUCCCUCCCUCUCUCCCUCUCUCUCUCUCUCUCUGUGUGUGGAUGGAUGGAUGGAUGUGUGUGGAAUUGAUCAGCAAGUGUUUGAGUACUACUGUGCCAACCCCGGCGUGUUUGAGACCCACCGCAUCUUUCCGUGCUUCGACCAGCCUGACCUCAGGGUGCGUGGGUUAUAGAUAGAUCGGUGGGCGGGGCGGUCCGUCGAUGUCUGUCUGUCUGGCCGCCCUUCAGGCACAGCUUCGCCUCUCUGUCAUCGCACCAUCUCAGUGGACAGUUAUCACCAACAGUAACCUCCCCUCCGCCGACUUCCCCCUCCCCACACACACACACACUUUUCCUCUGUCCAUCUCCAUCUCUGACUCUCUCUCUCUCACUCUCUCAGUGCCGCCCCUGGAGGUCUCAGCCGACGCCCUCCAGACCGCCCGGCGCGAACGGAUGAGCGCCCCGGCAUCCCGCAGCAGCAGAGGGGCCAGGGCAUACGCACACACGAGUGCGAGUGGGGGUGUGUCGGGCCUGGUGCGGUCCAUGUCGGGCGACCUGCUGGCUGAUGAGAUGGAGGGCGAGACGCAGCGGUGCCCCACCAUAUUCGAUGACGUGCCUAAGUAAGCUCCCGGGAAGGCGGAGGGGUGGGGUGGCGAAGGGGUGGGUGUGGUGGAAGAGUGUCUGUGGGCUGGGCUUUGUUGGUGUGUGUGUGUAGGAGCGGGUGCAAGCUGUGGCGGUUCGGUGCGACCCCACCGAUCAGGUGUGGUGUGGUGUCAGAUGAGACAAGACACACAUAGCUCUAUGAAGAUCUUCAAGACACACAGCUCUAUGUGAUCUGCUGAUCUGUUGUGCUGUGUGUGUGUGUGUGUCAUUAUGAUAGUCUGAGUGGGUUUGUCUUUGCCGUCGGGCCCUUCCUCAAGGUGGUCAACAAGACCGGUGGGUUCGGUUGCUGCUGCUGCUGCUGCUCCUCACAGAGAGAGAGAGAGACAGCCGGAAUGGAUGGAUGUGUGGCUGCUGUGCUGUGUGUGUGGAUGGCAUCGACGCACUUAGAGGGAGGUCUCCCCGUCGCUCUGUACUGCCGCCAAUCGCAGCUCAGAUACCUCGACCAUGCCGUCCGUCAGCUCCCCUCCCCUCCCCCUCACUGACUGACCCACACACACCAACACACACCAACACACACCAACACACACCAACACACAGGCGGGCUCACAUCUGCUUUUAUGUGUGUGUGUGUGUGCGUGUGUGUGUGUGCAGGAUUUGUUUGAGCUGAUAUCCCGUGGCCUGCGUUUCUUCGAGCAGUACUUCGACACGCCAUACCCCUUCCAGAAGUGAGUGUGUGAGCGAGCUGCUGCACACACACAGACACACACACAGACACACACAGACACACACACACACAGACACACAGCCCUCCGUCUCUCGCUUACACACCGCUUGUGUGCCCUCUCAGGUAUGACCAGGUGUUUGUCCCGCAGGAGGCCCUCAUGGCAACAGGAGGGACAUGCAGCCGUAAGUAACCACACACACACACACCCCAUCACACACACCCCACUGUCUGUCUGUCUGUCUGUUCUUCCCCUUGCAGCUCGUGCAGGUGCGACCAUGUUGGUGGAGUCGCUCAUGCUUGGUGCGCCCACUCCCGAGGCGUCAUCAGUCGAGGAGGCCAAACUGUUCAGGGCAAGGGUCAUACUCGAAAACAUGUAAACACGCGACGGAGAGAGAGAGAGAUAGAGACUGUGUGUGUGUGUGUGUGUGUCUGUAUGUGGGGGUGUCAGUGUGUGGGUGUGGUUGGGUGGAAUGGUGUCUGUGUCAUGGUGGAGCGAGGAGUGGCUGCCCGAGGCCUUCAGCUCCUACGCCGCCGCACUCGCACUCAGCGACCCUAAGGUAACUAACCGACCCUCCCCUCCCUCCCUCCCUCCCCACCUGCACCACACUCCCAACACACACACACACAUGGCGUGGCGUGGCGGCACAACAGAUGGAGCGUACAGCUCUGGGCGUCAAGAGCAUCCUCUCCGCCUCACCGCAGCAGCAGCCCUUCGCCCACUCCCCCCCGACCAGCCUAGCGGCAGCGCCAGCCUCGCUCCCGCCCUCCUCCCUGCCCCCGCCCUCUGCCUACGCCCUCAACGAGGUCAAGCGCGUGCCGUCCAUGUGCAGCACAUGGACCUUCAGCAACCCCACACCACGCACCCUGCCCUCCCCAUCUGGCGCGGCCAGGCCGCACCACGGCGGCUGCUCCGCACUGCUGGAGCCGCACGCCGAUAGGGGCGAGAGCUCGGGGUGGCGCCCUCAUGUGGGAGGGGGAGGGGGAGGGGGGGAGUCGCAGACGCCCAAGGCUGCUGCUGCGAGUGGUGCUGGUGCUGGUGGUGGUGGUGGUGAGUGUGUUGAGACGGAGGCCACUCUGUCGUGGGUCGUGUUUCAUCGGGACCUGAAGGCAUGGGCAUAUUCACAGGACCAGAAGGUGAGAGGGGGUGGGCAGUGAUCCAUCAUGCGACGGAUUGGAUUGGAUUGGAUUGGGGUGUGUGUGUGUGUGUGGUGUGUUGCGUGUAUGUGUGUGUAGGUGACAGCUCAUGCUCUAUACAGCAUGGUGAGGGACACCCACGACCUGCUGAGGGAGCCGGCCAUCUCCAGGGGCAAGGGCGCGGCAGUCUUCAAACAACUCGUGAGCUGAGCUACACAGAGAGGGAGGGAGGGAGGGAGGGGGGAAGCUAACAAAGCACAACACACCAACAGAGAGAGAGAGGCGACAGACAGACAGACAGACAGACACAGACACACAGACACACACAGACAGACAGACAGACGCUCUGUUGUGUCAUGCUGGUCAGGUGUGUCUGCUGGGCCAAGAGCCGUUUCGACUUGUAUGCCCUUCCUGGAUAGACAGACAAUACACCCGUCCACUGACUGACAAGACGGCCACGGGAUGGAAUACUGCUUCCCUCUCCCUCCCUCUCUGUGUGUGGGUGUGUGUGUGUGUGUGUCAGGGCCUGGCUCUCUUCUUCGCCCGUUUUCGCUUCCAAAGCGUCACCAUCAAACAGUUCUUCCAAGGCACGCCAUCCCACCAACACCCCCCACACCCCACACCCCACCCUGUGUCUCUCUCCUCUGUGUCUGUCUGCGACCAUCCAUCCAUCCAUCAGUGCUGCAAGAGGGCUGCGUGCGGAUGUCGACCACACCCGAGCCCUCCCUCCACCCAGCAGCAGCAGCAGCAGCCACAGCCACAGCCACAGCAGCCGCGGCAGCUGAUGGCGCAUCACAACCACCACCAGCAGGAGCACCAGGAGCACCCGCAGCACCGUCUGUGUCGGGUGGAAGCGGUGUUGGAGAUCUGUCUUACGGUCGGUGUCACCACGAGGUACUGCGGGCGCAGAGCACCUGGAUGAAGGUGUGGCUGGGCAAGCCUGGCAUCAACACUAUCAGACCGGUAAGUACGGGUGUUGGUGUGGGCAGCCAGGGGAGAUGCAUGGAUGGAUGGAUGUGUGUGUGUGUGUGUGGUUUGUGUCUGUCUGCAGAGAUGGGUGUGUGGCCCUGCUGCGAGCGAGAUGGACGGCCGCGACACGUAUGUCAGAGAGAGAAAGGACCACACACACACACACACACGCACAGAACAGAACGGCAAAGGCGUUUGUGUGCGGUGUUCUCUGUCUGGUGUGGUGCAGUCGAGUGUUGUCGUUGCUGCAGCUGCAGCAGACGGCACCGGUCAAGCAGCCAACCAUGAGACCACACAGACUACGGUAAUUACGCUAUCGACCCCCACACCACACCACACACCACACCCUUACACACACCCAUCACCCCACCCCAGCCCCACACACCACACUAUGCGGUGCGGUGUGUUUGUUCUUCUGCGCAGGGUGGAUCUCUUCUACCCCUCAGAAACAGGUGAAGUGAAUUGGGUGGCCAUUGGGAAACGACGGACGGCCAUGAUAAGCUUAAGGGCUGUAUGCUCUCUCUCUCUCUCUCUGUCUGUGUGUGUGUGUUUUUGUGUGUGUGUCAGAGGCGGGCAAGGUUGAUGCCUACGGCGUGUGGGUGGACGUCACGGUACGCAGCCAUAGGAGAGGGAGGGAACUGUUUGUAGGACGCUUCGCUUGUGUGCACGCCUGUGUGGUGUGGUAAACAUGUUGUGUGGUGUGGCUGUCUGCAGGACGAGCUGACGAAUGUCCCUUCAGUGGUCGGCCUGCCCCCACCACUCGGCGUCCUCUGCAACGCCGGUCGCUAUGCCCCGCCCCCCCUUCAUCCACCCCAUACCAUACCUUAGCAUAGCCCCCCACCAUCUGUGUGUGUCUGUCGGCCAUGCAGGUGAUUAUGCCUACGUGAAGGGGCUGCUUGACGAGCAGACGCUCGAGUUCGUGUCCGAGCGGCUGCAACACAUCCAGGUGUGUCAGGGGGGGCGGUCAUGUGUGUGUGCCAUCUCAUCUCAUCUGCCCGCGUGUGUGGUGUGUUGUGUGAUCGAAUAAGUCUGUGUUGAGCCGCCAGCUGAUAUGGCGGUCUCUGUGGGAGAUGGUCCGCGAUAGACAGCUCUCCUCGCUCAGAUUCCUCGAGCUCGUAAGCGCGCAGCCGCUCACAACCACAGCAGCCAUUGCCGUCGACCUGUGACCUGUGACACGUGUGUGUGUGUGUAGGUGCUGGCGAACUGGGGUGUGGAGCCCAAUCUGUGCCUCCUCGAAGGACUGGCCUCAAACGUGCUGGCCGCACUGCACUACUUCAUCCCUGGUACCUCACGUCAGCCCUACCACCCACCACCCAACGCACAGAUACGGGCCGUCACAUGUGGGUGGAUGGAUGGAUGGAUCCCUCUGUGUGUGUGUGGUGUGGGUUUGUGUGUCAGAGCCCUUCUUUAUGGAGGUGGCGGGGCGACUGUCUGACGCCACGCGCGAGCUUACCGAGAAGGCACAGCAGCAGCAACAGAACCAGGUCACCUGACCUGCACACCACACUGAUUCAUUGACAUGGAAGGAUCUCUUUCGCGGCGACGUAUAGCUGUGUCUUAUGGGAUGGGUGUGUGCAGACGUUCAUCGACUUCUGGCUGCGUCUGUGGUGCCAUACGUCCUACGACCUGGCCCACCUCCGGCCCCUCCUCGCACUUAUGGACUCAGACACACCCCCAAGCACCACCACACACCUACAGCCACCACAACCGGUGGCACAACCGCCACCAGCGGCAGCAUCGACACAAGCAGCACAACCACCAGCAGCACCCGAGACCACACACAGCCACAGCCACAGCCACAACCACCCACACCCUCAGCUGCACCUAGACCAGGCUCUACGGUGGAAGGUGCUGGAGCACUUCUGCGCCCUCACUACCGAGGCGGAUGAGGGCAGCGAGAGCAGCCUGGAAGACGGCGGGCCUUUGGUGAGGGAGAGGGAGGAGCGGCUGAGGCGGGAGGGGGAGAGGGACCCCCCCACCACACCCACCGGGGCUAUUGGACACGCCAAGUGCUAUGCGGCCAUUCCUGACGCCAAACAAAAGAACCAGGUAGGUGCGGCGGUGGGAGGGAGGGUGUGUUGGGAUGGGGUGGAGGGUGGGCAACCGUUGUCUCUCUCUUGUGUGCCACCGGUGUUUGUGCUGUGCUGACAGUUGUGGACGCGCUACUUGCAGAUCAGCACGUUGAAUCUGCACGACAUCAGCGCGUCAAUGGCCUCCUUCCACCAACGGCACCCGUGCCAGCGGCACCUGCUCGCGCCAUACGUCAAACUCUUCUUCAAAGAGGUGAGUCAGGUCAUUCACCCUCCUUAACCCCACAGCCCAACAGACUGAAUUUGUGUGUGUGUGUGUGCCCUCAGGUGCGUCGCGUGUUUCGGUGCAAGCAUCCCCACCUGGCCCUCCAGUUCUGGGAGCAGCUCUUCCCGCUCCACAGGGUCGCCAACUCGAGCAGGGUGAGUGCAGUACGUGUUAGUCACACACACACACACAUCCAUUCAUCCAUCCACCGCACCUGUGUGUGGUGUGCUAUGUGUGUGGUGUGUGCAGACGCUGGCUCGCACUCUGCGGCUGAUCGAGGCACUGGGAGAGGUAAUUACAGUACCCAUUAUCCGUCCACUCCACACACACACGCCCCAGCUGUCUCUCUCGUGUGCACCACCCCCUCCUCCCUCCCUCUGUGCUGUGUGUCACGGUCAGGAUGAGAAGCUCCUGCGUCGCGUUGCUCUCGAUGGUCAGUGCAGUGCAGUGCAGUGCACAGACAACUGACUGCCAGCCGUUUAAUUAAGUGUGUCUCUUUGGUGGUCUGUCUUGCAGGUUAUGACGAGCUGCUGCGUGCUCAUGCGUGUCGCGAGAUGUGUUGGGUGCAGUCGGGCACGGCCUCACUGCCGCAGGAGGAGCAGGGCGGGGACCUGUCGGACCUCGAGGACACGGACUGACUGAGCGAUGGAGGGAGGGACUGAUGGAGGGAGGGGCGUUGGUCGUGUCUGUGAGAACGGACUUUAUCGACUGACUCCAUGUGUGAGAGGGUGCGCGUGUGUGUGUGGAUGAGAGUGUGGAC